UUCCCAUCGGCAUGUAAUUUUGUACUAGAAGCUUUUUUCGUGAACAAAGAGUUGUAAUGGAUUUGUUCACCAGUUAUUCUGUGGAAACUACAACUAAUGAUGAAGGCAUCGAUAAGUCCACAUACUUUAUGCAAACCCUUCAUGGCCGUAGGCUUGCUGUGGCUGUUGUCAUUCGCAAAGAUGCGGACAACUAUGAUUGUGACACGAGUAUGUCUUGGAAAAAGUUUCUAAAAGCUUCUGGUUGUGACCACAUAUUCCCCCUCCAUUUCGAAAACAAAACAGAGUUGGAGCAUAAACUAAGCAGGUUUGUGCAUCAAGAUCUACCCAUGACUUACAAUGCAGGAUGCCCAAAGUCUCUCACUGUCCAUUUUCCAGAUGUCCUCCAAUUCACACUUGCUUGGUUUCUUAUUGACAUCAAAGAGCCUCACAUCGCCAAAAUCCCUAGUUGUAUGCAAAGGCACCUCUUUGAACACACCAAAUCAGAGGCUCUCCUUGUACACGGACUUGGCCAGUGGAAUGUCAUAUUUGAAAACUUCUCUUUUUGUGAUGGCUUUGAUCAGUUCAUCAUAGACAACAAUAUCCUCUUGGGUGGCUAUGCUCUAUUCAGACACAUCGGUAAUUUCACGUUUGAAGCAUUCGUGUAUGACGAGAAUGGCUUUUCUGUUAAGCCAAGUUACUCACCACCUGCUUAUUCUUUCCUGAGCUCAAGGAGACCAGAUGAGUUCAACGUCAGCGUGCGCUCCUCUAUUCCAGAC